CACACUUGCGUGUGUACGGUGAAGUAGCAGUGGAAGGGUAGUAAUUUUUAAACUUCCAUUAUUAUUGUGAUCUACAAAAAAGACAGCCGCUUUCAGCUACAAACUGUCAACACACACAACUGCUUCAUGAACUCCUUUUGCUACUACUAUUUUACAAGUUUUGUAUGAUUGUUUUAUAUCUCUGAUUUAAAUCAGGCAGCUGAAACACUUCUUUCGAUUGGAUUUAGUUAUUCAACGCUACGGAUUUUUAACGUCGACUUCAUUGAUAAGUUUACUUAACUUGAAACCUAUUUCCACACAAUCAUAUUUCUGUUAUCUCACAUAUGAUUGAUGUUUGGAAAAUAAAUACAUAUCACUACAGGAUAUAUAGAUAUAUAUUUUGUACGUGUAUCGCCCUAAGUGAAAAAACAGAAUUCUUUUAUUCUACUGUUCUGUAAACGGAUUUGUAUUGUUAAGUAUUUUGUACCAUGUGAUUUGUGUAAACUUCAUUUUCUGAUCCAUUUUUGUAUGAUGGCCAAAGGUGAAAAGUAUUUGAAACCUGGCCUACAUUUAAGAGAAGUUAGUAGUUCACUGUCACUGAUUAUCGGUGCUUUUUUUACGAUUUCCGGUUACGAUUAUUCCAAGUCACGCUGUUUCCGGCUUAGGAGUGAGAAUUUGACUGGAUUCUUAUCCCAUGUUAGAACGACUUCUAACUAAAACCGCAGAGAUCCCUGGACCAGAUGAUGUUUUGAUUUUGCACGAACGGUGUGACAUAUUUGUGUUCAAGACGUGAUAACCGUUGGAAUAAUUCGAUGGUUUUAAGUCGUAUGGAGAAAGCUUCUGGCAGGAAAUCUGAAAUGUGCCAAGCGUCCACCGAAUUAGUUCAAAAAUCGGAAUCCGACGAUGACUUUAAAUGGGAAGAAUUUUUCGGUACAUCGGUAGACUUAUCGUCGAGUCUAUUGGAUAUGUUUGAUACGAUCGUGGCGAAGAACACUCAGGAGGAUGAAACCACCACCAAUUGCACAACCCCAUCGCAUACGACCUCAGGUUUAGGAUCUGCGCCACCCCCUUGUGACCCAGGGGGAAAGGGGAAUGAACCCAAACGACUACCACCCCUCGCUGUGCCCUUUACUGGACACAGGAAUAAUCGGACUUAUAGCAAAAGAAGUUACUCUGAGAGCGCUUUUCAGGAAAAGAAGCGCCCCCUGAGUAGCAGUUCUGUGUCAUCAUCGUCAAGUUCAUCAUCAUCUUCAUUGCCUAGAAAUUCUUUAGAUGUUAAAAAAUCUUACUUGGCUAGCAUCGAAUCCUUAGACGACGAUGAUGAUGACGAUGACGACAGCAAUCGAACAGGUCCCAAUCGCGAUGGUUCCAUGAAUGGUGGCUCUGGGACAACCACAACUGGCCCUGCAGCUGGCAAGCCCAGGUGGUGUGAUCCUAAUCUCAGUCACACUGAUCGAGUUGUGCUGGAAAUAGUCGAUACUGAAAAGACUUAUGUGCGAGAUUUAAAUGAAAUUAUUGAGGGCUAUUUGAAACAUAUUAGUAAUAAUGAAGAAGCAAAAGUUAGCCACAAAUAUUUAAAGGAUUUAUUUAGUAACAUAGAAGAUAUUUAUUCAUUCAAUAGGUCAUUUGUUGAUGAAUUGGAAGCAUGCGGGCUGGAUCCCGUUUCUGUGGCUAAAUGCUUUGUGAAAAAUAGCAAUGGUUUUGAAGUAUAUACACAAUACUGCACAAAUUAUCCGAGAACAGUGUCUGUGUUGACAGAGCUUAUGGGAACUAGUGAAACAGCUGAAAUAUUUAAGGAGAGGCAGAUGGCUCUACAGCACAGUCUCCCUUUAGGUUCAUACCUUCUUAAGCCUGUUCAAAGGAUUUUGAAGUAUCAUUUACUAUUGCAGAAUAUGGUUAAACAUGCUAAUAAAGAAAGUGAUGGCUACUGUGAUGUGAAAAAUGCUUUAUCUGUUAUGACUGGCAUUGCCUACCAUAUAAAUGACAUGAAAAGAAAGCAUGAACAUGCUGUUCGAGUUCAAGAAAUCCAAAGUUUACUAUAUGGAUGGGAGGGACAAGACUUAACAACUUACGGAGAAUUGGUUGCAGAAGGAGCUUUCAGAAUGUAUAGAGCUAAGGCCUUAAGACAUCUCUUUUUGUUUGACAAAAUGCUUUUAAUUGCAAAGAAAAAGGAGGAAGGUAUACUGAGCUACAAAACACAUAUCAUGUGCUCAAAUCUUAUGCUUAUUGAAAGUAUUCAGGGAGAACCACUUUGUUUCCAUGUUAUACCAUUUGAUAAUCCAAGGUUUCAAUAUACAUUCCAAGCCCGUAAUGUUGAACAGAAACGUGAGUGGUGUCUGCAGUUGAAAAGAGUAAUAUUAGAAAAUUAUAAUGCUGUCAUACCAUCUCAUGCUCGUCAGCUUGUAAUGGAAUUAGGUCAGAGUAAACAAGAUGACUCUGCAUUAGAAAAGAGCCAUACCAAACGACAGCUAUCUGCCCCUGAAUAUUUAGAAAAGCGUAAACAGGAGAGAAGAAAGUCUGAACUUAACUUGAAUCGCACUCUGAAAUUAAAGAAAGUUCUGAAGAAGGUAAGCCAUUUUACAACUCAAGUUGGUAAACAUAUAAUUGAUAUUGCAUUGCUGAUUUUCUAUAAUAUUUCUCUUUUAUUCUAUUUCUCUUGCUUUCACAUUGUUUUAUGUUUCUUCAAAACUGUAGUUUCUCUUAUGGCUCAUAUAAAUUUUAAUAGUGACAGUUCUCUAAAUAAAAAUAGUCAUUCAAAUGCCAGGCAUAAAAGUAGUGAUGACCAUGAAAACUGGAAAAGUCAUGACAAAUCUGCAUGGACUAAAAGCCAGGAGGAUGUUUGUCAUAAAAAGAGAUGGAUACUUGGGCACUUGGGAAAUAAGGAAAAUCUUUCUGAUUGCUCCUCAAAUGCAGCUUCUGGUGCUCCUUUUAGUAGAAGUUCCAGGGUAAGGCACAGUCUUCCUGAACCUUCCUUGAAUCAGCGCACGGCUAAUAAAGAACGUCGCUUUAGACCUUCUUGGCGUACAUGGAAUAGUGUUCCUGAAGAAACAACAGAUACUGAAAAUGAAGAGUUAGAGUCCAACAGAUAUGGUUCUCCUUCUCUCUCUUAUAGAGAUAGAACGUAUUCUGAAGCAUCUGAGGAAGCAUUUGAUAAUAAUGGUGAAUAUGUCACUUUCUUUUACGCUCAUGCCUAUGCAACAAGAGAUAUGCACAAUGGAGGGAUGGAUUUAACACGAAAUGCAGCUGAUUUAGAUAAUGUUUGCUCUGACUUUGAAGCUGGUGAAAAUAAAUUCUCACCUUCAAAAUUUAAUAAUAAAAAUAGUGUGGAGGUGCCAGUGGAUUCAAAACCGGAACGGCAGAAAGAUCAGGAUUCUGAAAGUGGUAGUUCAGUGAGUUCUUGGAAGCAGAAUUCUGCCAUCCGUCGUGUUCAGUCAUUUACUGGCAUGGCAAAAGCCAGAGUUGCAUCAUUACAGCACAAUAUUUCAUUUAAGUACCAUUCCUCUUCAAACAGUGAGCCAAAAUCAAAAUCUAAAAAGUCUUCCCAUUUGCCACCUAAUGGAGUAUGCAUGUUGCCAUCCGAUUCAAAGGAUACCAGUCCUACCACUCCUGCUGCUUGGUUGAAACAACAAGAGGAACAUCUUGCUGAAAGUGGAAAGAAGAGUGGGUCUUUACCCCGGAGUUUCCAACUUGCAUCUGAUAAUACUGCUGGCCCUUCAGAAGUGAAACCUGUUGUCCUUAACGAUAGCAGUGUUUGUCGAAUGAGGUUACGCAUGGAUGGUCAACGAUCUCUACACAGUGAACAACGUCCAUUUACAAUUGCAUCUGACAAACCCUCUCAAGCUGAUUUUGGUGAUGAUUUAGAUUAUGUUGUUUUAGAUUAUUCUCAUUGCACAAGUUCAGAAUAUGGUUUUCCCAUCAACAGAGAUGGAUAUGAACAAGAUACAACUACUGGAUGCACAAAUACACCUGCAGUUAGCAUGGAAAAUGUUCAUUCUAUUCAUCCUGAACUUAAGAUUUAUCAUCAGUCAGCUUCAAAAUAUGCUACUUUGAAACAUAUUUUUUCACACAUGGGUUCCAAAAUAGCUGGUUUCAAGGCAAAUUUAGUGAGUCCAUCUUCUCAUGAUCAGUCAAGUCCCGAACACCCCGCUAGAUUUCAUUCUGAAUCUUCAAAAAAUGACUUCAAAAGAUCAGAUAGUCAUACAAGUAUUAAAAGUGAAAAUGAACUAAAUACAAAACUUUUUCCUGUGAAAAUUGCACAUUCAGUUGCUAAAGCAUAUUCAUCUGUGAUGAGGCAUAAAAAGAAGCAUGAGCUGAAAAUAAACGAUAAAAAAUCGGCCUUAAAAAGAGAAAAAAUUAACCUAGGAAGUUACAAAUCAGAAAGCUCACUCAUAGGUGCUAGAAUGGCUCAGCCUUUGGAGUCUGAAUACAGUGUGCCAAAAUUAAUCCUUCCAGCCAAAACAUUCAAAGAUCUCCGACCUGACAGCUUAUUCUCUGAGUCUUCCAAUGCAACUUCUUCAAGUGAUGGUGACAAAAAUGGCAUAAUAGAUGGUUCAGAGUAUCCAAAAAACGAUGCAGAUGAUACUGUUUCAGAAGCUAGUGAUACUUCUGCAGAUAGCUACUAUGAAAGGACAUUUGAUGCUAUAGAGAAUGCUUUGGCACAUGACAUAUUUCGAGAUUCUGCUAUUUAUAGUGAUCCUGAAGAUGCAGAUUUUAGUGCUAUAGAAAAUACUAACUUGAUUAUUGGCUUGGAAGAAUCGAGUGCAGAUCAUCAUGCCAAAAAUUCAGUUUAUCAAAAUGGAGAUACAGAUUCUUUGUCUCCAUCCUCUCCAAAAAUAAUGUGUGCUCGACGUGUGAAUCAAGCAAUACUUGAUAGAUUGCGAAUCCUAGAAGAAAAUGUUAAGUUUCAAAACGAUGAAGCUUCUGCCAUUUUGACUAAAUCAAAACCACCUCCUCCACCAAAUCAGAAGAGGCUUGAUUUAGACAAAUGGGGAACUUUAGUAUUAAACAAAGACUUUGAAGAGAGUGAAACUAGUUCUGAACAUUCUGCAUCAACAGUAAAUACUGUUAUGGAAUCUGGAAAUAAAGUAUCCAAGGCCAAUGGGAAUGUAAAUUGUCGGAGUCCUCCUCGAGUUAAAGGUUGGGUGAAGCAUGUUGUUGAGAAAUUACAAGGGGAAGGCCAAGCAUAAAACAUCACAAAUUACAAGUAUGAUCAAAACUGCCAAGAGUUCCCUGUGCCUUUGCAUCUUCUGUUGGAGUGCCAAAACACAAUGCAUUUAAAAUAUGCAAAAUAUCAAUGUGAUAUAAAUUUGUACAUGAUUUUCCCCAUGCAAAUUAGUUAAGUCAUUGUUCAUAAGUCACGAGUGCAGCUGAAAUAGAUUAUUUAGCAUGUGUAUAUUUAUAUAUAACAAUUUUCUUUGUAUCAAAAGCCAAUAAUGAACUUACUCAAUGGUUUUACAGUUUAAAAACACCUGAGGUGUAACAUGUUAAAGCUGUUGUUCAUAGAGUAGUUUAUUUAUCUAAGUAGAGAAAUUAAUUAUAUUAAAAACUUUUUAACAGAUGCAACCCUGCUAAAAAGGGAAUUCCACAUUUAAGGAUACCAUAUUAUAGCAUUUCAGAAAAUAUUUCCUGACUCUUAUUAUGCUCAUUAUUUUUAGAUUGAACAUCUGGUAUUCGAAAUCAUAUAUAAGAUGUUUAAUACUAGACUGAAAAUUAAAAAAAUAAAAUUGUAUAAAUAUAAAUUGCAAGCAAGAUAUUUUAAUUGACUAUUAUUAGAUUCUUUUAUAAAUGACAUAAUAUAAAGGAGAGUAUAAAAAGUGUUAAAAUUGUUACACAAAAUUAAAAUUAAAACAAAGAAUAUUUCAAACCAUGGGUAAUAUGAUUAUACUCUCUAAAUAAUGUGUGUUUGUAUUCUUCCCCUCAUUGGUGAAACCUUUUUUAAUCGAGAUAAAUUUAUCAAUAUUAUCAUCUUAAAAAAUCUAUUACAAAAUAUUUAGUUGUUAAAGCUGGUGCUGUCAUAGUUAGGAUUUUUUUUUUUUUUUAAUACUCAGGAAAAAUAACAAUUUUACUCAAAAUUGUGAUAUUCAGAAAACUUCUGUCUUUAAAAGAAACCAUACCAUCAAAUUAUAAUUACAGUCACCAGGCAUUAACUUUAAAUUCUUUUGGUAGAAUCAUUAAAAUUCUGCAUGAAAUGUUUGCAAUUAUUUGGGGGUGCUGAAGGAUUAAAAAAAAAAAUUAUAUGCUUAUAUCAAAUAGAUACAAGAAAAAUAUUAAUAUGCAUCUUAAAAGUUUGCAUUUUUUAAAAACUAUGAACAUAUUUUUAGAAACCUCAUUAAUAUUUUUUAAUGUGAUUUUUUUAAAGUUUUAUUUUUAUUUUUUUGAAUGUGGCAUUUUUUUUUCUAAGAAUUUUAUAAAGAAUUUUAAGAAAUAUUUUCCGAGCUAAUUUUGGAUGUCAUUAUUAUGCAGUGAGUUUAUAUGUGUAUAUUAGUAGAGGAUCUACUUUUGAUUAAUUAAUAUUAAACUGAGUGCAUUAAUUUUAUGAAUUCAUGAAGAUAUUUUUGUAUGUCAGUUGAUUUACAUAGAGUUCAAUCUUCCUUUUGAAGUGUGACUUUUGAAAACAUUCAUUUUUAAUAAGAUGUACAGUGUAGUGUCAUUCUGGGGCAACUUGAUAUCCUAAAACAUUGUUCUAGUCAUAGCUUUUGUAUCAUAUUUAUAUAUUUCUAGAAUUUGUAACUAGACAGAUGAGUGUUAUAGAAAGAGUUUACCAUCUAAGAGUGAGGAUUAUGUACAUUUUACUAAUACUAUUGUUAUUCACUCUUCAUAUUAUAAAUGGUUGUCUGCGGAUAAAUUAAAACGUCCUGUUUUACAGUAAUAUUUUAUUAUUCCAUUUUCGUUUUGAUAAGAUUUGGCAGCUUUUAAACUUUGUUGAAAAUUGGAAUUGCUUAGGGAUUAGGGACUGCUAUCUUGCCUACUUUAUUUUCAAAAGGUGUGCAUAUAUAUGAGAACUUUUUAUUCAGCAAUAAUCAUUGUAAAUGAUAAUAAAUAUAAAACAACUUUUUAACUAUUUAAAAUUUGCUUUUAUAACUAAUUCUGAUGGAUACUUGAAGUAAUUUAAUUUCAUCUUUGUUAUUUUUUUAUGACAGAUUUAUUAUCAAAAUUUGGUAUUUUUAAUGUUAAGAAUUUUUACAGAAUUUAAUAAUUCCUUAGAACUUUAAUGAUCAGGAUUACUUGGAAAAAAAAUUCUGAUUUUUUUUUUAUAUGUAUGUACACCUGGGUGAUAUAAAUUUGAUAUUUACAUAUAGCUAAUUAAAUAGAAAUACUCUUAUUAAUAAUUUUUGAAAAUUACUUUUGCAUAUUUAACAGUAAAAUUGUAACCAAGUAUUUAAGAAUUUAAAGUGAGAUUAUUAAUUUCCAAAUCAUUUUCUGCAGUAAUAUCUUGUGAUAGUAAUUAAUUAUUGAUAUUUGAAUAUUAUCAAUAUGCAGCUGUUAUUUAUAGAAACUUAUUUAAUUAAUAUUGUACAAUACAAUAUUAUUUUAGUUGAUCAACAGAGUCGGGUAGUGUGCCUCAAACAUAUACAUAUCAAAAUUAAUCAUGUUAGUCCAUUUAGAAUUGUUGCAAUUAUCAGCCUUUAGAAGUUAAGUUUUACAAUGAAAUGUGUCUUAGCUGAAGAGAAGAGUUCCUAUUGCUUCAGUAAAGAGCAAAAUAAAAUUACAGCUGACAGAAAAGCAUUUUUAAUGUAAAACUUCUUUUUGAUGUUGCUAUAUUUUAUAUGUAGAUCUUAAAUUGACAUUAAGCAUUUAAACAAAAUGUUGUUAUAGUAAACCAUCCGUAUGACAAUCGUGCAUAAAUGUAAAUAUGUAUUUUCUUAUAAUUGUUUGUGAUUUUUUUUUACUAUAUUUAUACUUGUACAUGAUUGUAAGUAGAUUAUGCUUGAGAUGCAAAUUUUAAUUGCCGAGUGAUAGUUGUACAAGAGAAAUAAUAAAUGCUUC